AUGUGGACAGGUACAGUCGCGCUAACUAUUGUGUAUAUCAGUACGGCGUUCGGUCUGCCACCGUUCCGAGACGUGAAUAACGAUAGACCUGGUACAGCUGAUUCGCUGAUUAACUUUCCUGAAGAAAACAAAGAUGUCUAUUAUAAGCACAUGACACUCCCUCUCAGUACCUUUGUAGGAGAAAACAAAUUUGAAUACGGCUGUUCGGCGUUUCUUCUCAAACCAAACGAAUAUAUCGUGGAGUAUUUACCGCUUGGAGAACGUGAUGAUACUUACCAUAUUACCAUCAGUGUGUGUGACAUUCCUUAUGAUGAAUCUCCCGUCUGGGAGUGCAUCAACCCAGCACAUGUAUGUAAAAACCAGAGAAGAGAGGUUAUGUAUGCGUGGACUAACGGAGCGCCGGGAUGGAUCUUACCAGAGUACGCGGGAGUAUAUACUGGUGACAAACAACAGUAUAUCAUACUUCAAGUCCAUGGACGGGACGAUAUCUCUGACGAGAGAGCUGCAGACUCAGCGCACUUUCGGUUAAAGAUACAGAAGACAAGACCUCCACUUGAUGCUGCUAUCAGUAUUUACUCAGUCGGUGGUUACGUUCCCGCUCAUGUAGAAAAUUUCACAGCUGAUGUUGCUUGUGUAUGGAAUAUGACCACGCCCUCGCCUGUCAUAGCAUACGGAUUACACACACACAGCAGAGGCUUAGCACAAUCAGGCUACAUUGUGAGAAAUGGCAAGUGGAUUGAGAUUGGACGAGGUGAUCCGUUGUACCCUCUGGUUCUGUUUGACGUUACGGACAGGAACCUCAUGCUACACCCAGGAGAUAUUAUUGCCACGAGAUGCACUUACCGUAAUACAGGGGACACAGAUAUUUCCAUGGGGUCUACCCACUUGAAUGAAAUGUGCAACUUAUUCCUGCAUUAUGGUGUAUCCCACGAGAAUCUCGCCGAGACCAAGUCAAUGUCAUGUUCCUCGAGUGCACAGAAUUCCGACUGGGAAAUAUUCGAUCAUAUUCCAGUCGACGCCAGUAAUCCUAACGGCGACACGGACCAAGCUCGAUACGUUAAAAAGUACCAACUGACUCACAACUACUAA